GAGAUAUUUUACCAUGCAUCUUUCUGAAACUUGAAGACUUAAUUAUAAGAAUCAGAAAAGACAGUCACUGUGCCGUUAUGCUUGCAGUACCCACUACGACACUUGAUGAAUGAAAUUCCGAUCCGCCUCAUCCGCCUAUCAGACAUGAAGUUUGUCGGCCGUAUUGAUGUGAAGAAGUGUUUCCGGAGCUCUGUGUAUUCAAGUCUGGAAUAUCAUAGUCCCUCCGACCAGAUCCGGAACGCUAUUCUGUCUCGCCGAUGGCUGGAUGAGGGAAAGCCCACAUAUGAAGAGAUGAAGGCAGGUACAGCGGCGGGACCAGGAUACAAGAAGCUGCAGGCAUUCUGUCAAGACGCAGAGGAGUACGGCGUGGAAUUUGCGUGAUGUGUCGUCAGCUGACCGCCAUCCAUGGUAGGAACCAACAGGCCUUUCAUUUACUGUUCUUGCCUGUGGACCCUCACCUGA